AUGUCUGGCCGUGUUGUACGACGGCGAAACGUCAAGACUCGCAACCGCAAUGGCUGCGUCACGUGCCGAGCUCGGCGGCUGAAAUGUGACGAGACAAAGCCAGAAUGCAAUAACUGCACACGCUUGUACAUGCCAUGCGGUGGUUAUGCAAACCAGAUCAUCUUCAAAGAUCAGAACAAGCUGUUCGCUCAUGACUCUCCCCGCAGGACACGGUCAGGCCAAGCGAUAGCCGAGUCUUCAGACAGGCGAGGUAGUGUUGAAGAUGCACCACAAGGCGAAGAAGAACAGAGUCCGGCACCUGAGUACUAUUCUUCGUAUGUAGCUCCAGCACCAGAGUUGCAGAAUGAUACCAUUGCGGCUCAAACCCCUUCUUACGAUGCUGGUCAGGCAAAUAAUAGCUCCGACGUAACUGCCGCACUUUCUUCUUCUGAUACACCCGCGGCUUGGGACUCUGGAUUAAUACCUGACGCCGAUGUUGACGCGCCGGCACUGGCUGGAAGUAUCCGUGGGGGCUUACCAUACAUCGUGUCACCAGUUGCUACAUCGGACCAAAGUCACCAAACUUCUUUCCCAUUCUUCGGGCCAUUGAGCGUCUCAUCUCCACAGCUAGCUUCAAGAACACAGGUUCCGACCCCGAGAAGUAGUCAAUUCUUCAAUGGACUUCACACUGCGCCGAUCAUCCCUCAAGGGCUUCUUGAGAGCAUGAAGUUUCCCGAGGAUAUGCUCUACUACCAUCACCUUCGGGAUACAUCGCCAUACGGUGUCCUCACACUCCUAUAUCUAAACGAUAUCAUGGAUGCCGGGUUUCUCAGUGCAUCAUUUUACCAUGCCGCUUUAGCCUUGUCAGCUCUCAAAGUCUCCAAGUCCAACAUGGGACAGCAGCUACGGAGUCAGGCAGCGAUACACGCACUAGAACACUUUGUCAUAGCUCUAGGAGAUGUUGGGAACAUUCCGAUAGAGGAUAUGAACCCAGACAUGCCGACACCGGGAAACGAACACGGCCCUGGGAGACGAGAGAAGAUUGUGUCUUGGCUUAGUACAGUCUUGUUACUGGCACACUUUGAACUAAGAAGAGCGCAGAUGAGGCUAUGGUGCGUACAUGGUCGCGCAGCGGUCGAGUUCCUGUCGACCCAUCUGAGCCUUGUGAGGGAGACAACUAUUGGAGAAUCUCUGGUCUCGGCUUUCUCAAGGAUAGCAGCCCUUUUGGAGAUCUAUGAGGGGACACAUUCGAUCCAGGAGCAAGUUGUAUCAUCUGAGGCGUCACGGUCUCUCGUCCAGUAUCUCGCUGGCUCUACGCUGCCCUAUGAUAGGCUGCUCUACAUCAUGCCCAGAGUGAAUGAUUUGGAAGAGAAAUGGAGGUCCAAUCUUCGACCAGGCGCGGAGUGGGAUCAGCGUGUUGACGAACUUAGACUUGAGCUCGAACAAUGGCGAGCUAGCCUAUUGCCGGAAGACAUCCCUGACUUCGACGGCGAGGGGCCAGAGGCAGACAUCAAUAUGAGGCCCCUAACGCUUCUUUCCGCCCCGGAACCAGUCAGGCCGGCUACAAGCUUUACGCAUUACCUCGUAUCUACGCUUCGACUUGACCUGAUGUACUCCCCAGAAUCAGGCCCCAGACUCUCUCCCUCUGAACGAUCAGCCAUAUUGCGCAAGAUCUGUCGCCUUGCAGCCGGCCUUCCGUAUGACCUCUCCGUUAUCGUCAACAACUACGGAUAUGGAAUGCUCCCUGCGAUGCUCAACGCCUACCAUAUGUCCGAUGCUGUUAUAGCAAACUGGAUCAAAGGAUGGGUUGCGUCUAGGCCUGACACAAGAGAAGGCAUUUGGGACAUAGAGCGCGUCCAGAGAUUGAUAGCGUAUCUAGAUAAGGAGUAUAAUAGUGAGGGAUCAAGAUCUGGAUGGACUGUAAUCAAGACUCGGAUGGUAGACGCGGAAGAGAACCGAGAGGACGCGCAGCAAAAUACGAGAGAAGAGCAAUCUCGAAGUUUUUGCGUAGAGAUAUCCUGCAAGGGAAAACGUGGUUGGAGCAUUGACUUUGUCGAGAUAGAAUAG